UCUGAUCACUGACUCGGCUGCGCACUGUAUGGAAAAGGCCAUGGCGACCAGCGAAAGGUUUGAACAAGGCUGAGUUGCUGUUCCGUCUCCCAACGCAAUUACGACAGUGAUCGCGCUUCUAUUUCCACACACUGGCAAAAGAUGUCAGUGUCAUCCUUGUCUGAUCCAUGACCUCCACCGACUCCUCUCCUCAGAGCGCAGGCCUGAAGCGAGCAUAUCAACCUGACGAAUUCUCCAAUCAACCGGACGCUUCUUCUUCGACCAACUCUCCUCCUCACAAUUCCUCCUCGGCAACAUCGGCCUUCAGAAACGUUUCUGCCUGCAACCGCUGCCGCGUGCGCAAGAACAAAUGCGAUCAGAGGCUACCGGCAUGUAGCACUUGCGAAAAAGCCAACGUCCGAUGUGUGGGCUAUGAUCCCAUUAUCAAGCGGGAAAUUCCUCGUAGCUAUGUCUACUACCUCGAGACACGCCUGGUUUACUUCGAGCAACUGCUCAAGUCAAAUGGCAUAUCUUUCAACAUGGCGGACGUCUACGGCGCAGAGUCCAAAGAGCUGGGCGAUAGUGGACAGUCGCCCGCCAGCACAAAAACAUCAUGGCCAGGGCCACAAUCGCCCGGGAGUGUAACGCCUCAAGGCAGCAAACAGGACGAUUGGGAGAAGAAGCAAGAAGAUGCUGAUAAGCUCAACAAGCUGGUCUCCAACAUCGGCAUGGUCUCAGUACAAGGCGCUUCAGAUGCGCGAUACCUAGGUUCAACCUCUGGCAUAUCGUUCGCUCGAGUAGUGUUGGCUGCGGUCAAGAGUUCAGUGUCAAGUAAUAACUCUGAGCGUGCUGGGCCCAAGCCAAGUCGACCAAUCUCCAAUGUUGCCGGUCCAGGUGAUGGCUCCAUGAGAGAUUCGUACUUUGGAUUACAGAGCAAGCCUACCUUCAAGGAAGCUCCUUUUCCGGAUCGCGAAUUAGGUGCAAGGCUGGUAAAUCUGUAUUUCGAGCAUGCUAACCCUCAAAUCCCCGUGCUCCAUCGAGGUCUAUUCAUGGAACUUUUCGACCGAGCCUACUCCAUCGAGCCUUCCAAACGAACAAGUCGCGAGCUGUACUUGCUGUACAUAGUCUUCGCGAUUGGCGCUGGCAUCAUCUGGGGCUCUUCUGAUCCACAGCCAAACUCACAAUCGAACGACUAUUCCUCGAAGAGACCUCGACUGGCAAAUCAGCAAGCCCAGCCCGAAGAAUAUCAUGCUUCAGCCAUAGUCAAUCUCGGGUCAGUCCUCGGUGCCAGCUCGUCGGUAGAAGCACCAGAACGUUCGAAUGGCGACCUUGAAGAGCUUCAGGCUGUUUUGCUGUUAUGCGGGUUUGCCCUGCUCCGACCAGUAGCCCCUGGGUUGUGGUAUAUUGUGGGUGUUGCCAUGAGACUGGCCGUGGAUCUCGGUCUACAUCACGAAGAUGGAUCUGAUCUGGACGGCGGCGAUACCAGUGAUGGCAAAAAACCUGUUGACGCAACGGAAAAAGGCCGAAGAGCAUGGAUUCGCGACUUGCGCAGACGGCUAUGGUGGUGCACCUACACCUUCGACCGCUUGGUCAGUACGUGCGUGGGCCGCCCAUUUGGCAUCACGGAUCAGGUCGUCACGACCGAGUUCCCAUCGUUGCUGGAUGAUAAGUACAUCAAACCGGGUGGGUUUUUGCGGCCACAGUCUUCAUAUGAACCGACCUACAAACGUGUCGCACAUCACUAUUUCCGACUGAGGUUAUUACAGUCGGAAAUUCUGCAGGUGCUUCAAUACCAACAAGCACAGCAGGCGCGUCUCAAUGGGACCAAUCGAAACAAUCAGUUCAUGCAUACUAAGUUGCCGUCACCAUUUAUGAGCAAGUUCGACUCAUUUCGUUCCUGGCGACGAGAUAUCGACCAGCGCUUAUAUGAGUGGAAAGAGUCAGCUCCUGCCCCCUCAGAAACUGGUGUGGGCUUUUCUAUCCAAUUUCUAGAGCUGAACUACUGGCAAGCGGUGAUCAUGCUCUACCGGCAAAGUCUUAGUGUUCCUGCACCGCUGGCGAAUGAGUUCAGCCCAACGGAAGAUGUGUCCAGUCCGUCGAGUCUGCGAAUAGAGGAGAAAGAAGAUGAAGAUCUUGUCUUUUUGAAAUGUGCAGAGGCUGGUCAGAAGACGCUGAAGCUAUACCGGCAGCUUCACAGGCUACGGCUUGUAAAUUACACCUAUCUUGCAACGCACCAUCUAUUCAUGGCUGGCAUCUCUUUUCUAUACGCGGUUUGGCAUUCGCCGGCAGUCCGCGCCAGACUGACUCUCGAUGACUUCGAUUUCACUGUCCUAGCCGCAACGUCUGUCCUGGGUGAUCUAAUGGAGAAAUGUCCUCCAGCAGAAGCAUGCCACGACGCCUUUGAACGAAUGAGCAAAGCUACCGUCCAGAUGUGCAUGUCUACGCCAGGUUUUGGGUUUUCUGCGGAACACGAAGAACCUCGACACCAACUUUCCCGACAAUCAAGCAGGCAGAGCAACCCCAUGCCGAUGCAGAUCGAUUCUUAUGCACAACAGCGCAUCGCGCCCAAACCAAUCAUGAAGCGUCCACCACCGAAAUUCGACAUGGAUCUUAGGGAGCUCUUCCCAGAAGAUCUCGAACCCAGUUCUCGACCGUCUCAAUCCUUUCCUCAACCCUUGCAAGGUCUACAGCGGCAACAGCAGCAACCACAAUCCACCUAUACCCAGCAGUCCAUGCAGUCGCAUUCGACGCAACAAUCACCACUCCAACCACAUAUCUCUCCUGCGUCAAGCAUUAACAACCAGAUCAAUACGGGUUUAGGUAUGGGUCAGCAGCAGACUAUGGACAACAGCUCGCUUCUUUACAACCAGAGCCCGCCGAACCCUCAACAACCGUAUUACAUGCAAAACAGCUAUAAUCCGGACUUCAUGUCGUCUUUACCUGGCAUGGACUUUCUGAACACUGCCACUUCCGAAGAGGAUGACUUCAAGUUCGAUGCCGGCGGCCUGGAUCUAGGCUUUGGAAUGGGUCUAGAUUAUAAACAUGACUGGAGCGAUGGCCAACAGUAUGAUCUGUUUGACGGAUUCUUCUUCGGCAAUGGCAUCGGUGGGAAUGGGAACGGUAGCGGGGGUGCUAAUGGCAAUGGGAAUGGGAAUCUAGGAGGUGGUGUUCUGUAACGAUACCCAGGAGCGUUUUUGAGUCCAGUCUUGUAUUUGGAAUGGCCUUGCCUCGAGAGGAGGUGAAAUGGAAUCAUGAGGAAUCAAUGAAGAUAGAGCAUAUGGCACCAGAUGACCAAAUCAUAUAUGCCAUGACUGGAGAUAUCAGGUACAUGCAUCCAGCUUUGGUCACA